CUCUUCAAGGUUUUCAUUAGAAUAAAUAUGGCACAUCGCAGUUGCAAAGUUAUAGAUAAACAAGUUUUGAUAAAUGAAAUUAUUUCUGGUCUCAAUGCUAUCGGAGUCGUGCUGUCAUAUCCCUUAAUGUUGCUUUAUGCGUUUAUUCAUUGUUCCAUCCGGUUUUUUCAACGCGUGUUUGGUCAGCCCAAAUCAAUUUCUGGUGAAAUUGCAUUGGUAACUGGGGGAGGCCAUGGUUUGGGUCGGAAUAUAGCUAUUGCCUUGGCUCAACAAGGAUGCCACAUAGCUGUUGUGGGCACUCAGGAAAAUUUUCUUAAAGACACGGCAGCUCACAUUGCAAAAGAGUAUGGUGUGAAAACAAAGUACUACAAGGUCGAUGUCACCAAUUAUCAGCAAAUUUGUGAACUAAAGGAGAAUGUAAGCAAAGAUUUGGGCGAUGUUACCAUACUAAUUAACAAUGCCGGUGUUAUAUACAUGUCAACCAAAGAAAAGCCAUCAGCUGAGGUAGUGCAACGUAUGAUCAACGUGAAUUUGACAGGAACCACUUUGGUUACUGAUGUCUUCCUGCCCAAGAUGAAGGAACUCAAUAGGGGACACAUAGUCAAUGUAUCAUCGGCUUCAGUUUUCUUUCCACUUCCUAUUCACUAUAUCUAUGGGUCCACCAAAGCAGCUAUGCGAUACUUAACCGCCGCCCUGCGUGUUCAUCUAAGACAAAUAAAAUCUAAUGUCAAGGCUACCUGUUUGAUGCCCUCGUAUCUGACAACCAACAAAGGUGUAAGUGAGGAUAUGAAAGCUACUGGCAUUACACCGGGCCAAUUUCAAAUUGACGGUGAUGUGUUGGCUCAAUAUGUGAUAAAGGCCUUGCAUUGGGGUCAUGAGGAAAUUGCGGUACCUUGUGGUUUUCUUUGGGUCCAAAAAUUAUCCGCAAUAUUUCCUGCCUAUAUCCAAGAGUUUUCACUUACUCUGCUCAGCAGAACUUUGAAGAAAUAACCGCAAAGGGUAUCCAUAAACUAUAUUCUAAGGAAAGACAAUUUAUAACUGGUCAAAUACAAUCCCAAUGGACAAAUCCGUUCCUCUAAGUCAAUGAUAGUUUUGUAUGAUUGCUUAGUAUGUAACAUUUCAAAAUAAUAAUUUAUUAAAAACA